CCACUUGUCACGCAACUUCCUCACCACUGCCGCCACCCCUUAUAUAAAUCUCCCCCAACUCCCCCAGCUUCCCUUCAACUCACUCUUCACACUCCAAACCCCACAAAUCAAAGAGGAAAAAAAAUCAAGAUUCAAUCUCCAGCCCCAAAUUCCCAAUUCACAAUCAAGCCUCCAAGAAAAGUCAAGAUUCAAUCCCCAGCACCAAAUUCCCAACUCGAAUUCACUCCAGAGAUGGCACUCCAAGCUCUCAACUCCCCCACGGCGGCCGGCGCGCCUUCCUUCCCGUUCGAGGAGGUGCACAGCCUCCACCGCCUCGCCGAGCCAUGGACCAAGCGCAAGCGCUCCAAGCGGUCCGCCGCAGGUCAAGCCCAGCACCAACCCACCGAGGACGAGUAUCUCGCUCUCUGCCUCGUCAUGCUUGCUCGCGGCACCACCAAUUUGGACUUGGACUUCUCUUCUUCCCACCGCGCCCGCUCUGCCUCCCCUGUUUCCACUACUGCGGAGGAGAAGCUGCUGAGCCACAAGUGUGCCGUCUGCGGGAAGGCUUUCUCGUCCUACCAGGCUCUGGGCGGCCACAAGGCCAGUCACCGAAAAUCGGUCUCCGGUGAUAAGGUCGAGGCCGCCGCCCAAUCGACUUCCAGUACUACUACUACUACUAGCACCGUUGCGGCCGGCGCAACAUCAGGGACUGGGAGCGGCAAGUCUCACGAGUGUUCGAUCUGUCACAAGAGCUUCCCCACCGGUCAGGCGCUUGGCGGGCACAAGCGGUGCCACUACGACGGUGGCGCCCACGCAGCCGAGAAGAGUGGAAUUGCUUCUUCUACAGUCACAGCGACUGCCAGUGUCUCUGAGGGUGUGGGGUCCACAACCACGAUGAGUAACAGGGGAUUCAUCGACCUCAACCUGCCGGCCCUGCCGGAGUUCGCAGCGGGGAACUUCUUCUUGUCCGGCGGCGGAGAGGACGAGGUGAUGAGCCCGUUGCCGGUGGCGAAGAAGCCCAGGGUGGUGAUGGCGAUAGCGGCGGCGCCCAAAGCGGAAGUCGUCUCCUCUCAGUAGGGGAUGGGGUUGUUUUAGUGAAUUAGGGAUUCUCUCAGGGUUACUUUAGGGAAUACAAGUAUUCAUCAUUUUCACGUGUCUUAUUUUUUGAAUUAUACUUUUUUUCCCGAUAUAUGGGCUAGAUUGUGCCGUCCUUUAUUUCUUUUUCAGAAAUUCUUUUUAUGUACAUAGACACCCAGCUCAAAGUACUGAGCUCACACUCUGUCGCAAGUUGGCAUACCAUGCCACUAGUGGAAAUUCGAUUGAUUUUUAUAUAUGAUAAUGAUUUGUUUCUCUGUAUUUCCAGCCUUAUUAGUAAGUAAUUACCCAUCAAUUUUGGAUUAUAAACUGAUACUUUCUCCGAGCAUAUUUAACUCCUUAUUAAGUGUGUUAAUGAAUAUACUAAAAAGGA